UGCCCAAUAAACAUUGAUAGAUUUAAGUCUAUCUCUCAAAAUUGUAACGUGUUCUUGUAGGAAUGAAGAAAUUUUUGGAUACUACCAAUACAAAGCUCAAUAGGGCUUUGCAGAAAACAAAUGAAGUCAUAGGAAGAGCUGAAAAGACAGAAUUCGACGAGGAUUUCGUCUCACUAUUAAAGCAAGCAGAAUCCACACAUGAAGCAUCUAAGCACAUUAUGGAGGCCAUCGAGCAGUGGAUCAACCCUUGUGUCUUAAAAAAGUUCGAUGAUGUUGCUUGCAAAGUAGAAAGUAUGGUCACAGAUAACAAAAGUUAUUGGCUAAAGGUUCCUGCAAAGUUACCCGCCGAACAUCUUGGAGAUACACUACUCAACGCAGCUGUUGGUGUCGGAGCUGGUACUGCAUAUGGUGCGGCAUUGUCACAAUGUGGCGAGUACAGUCGUCAAAUAGCUGCAGCUGAAAGUCAAAGGAAUACGAUACUAGAAAAGAAAACAUUAAGUGUAUUACAUCAUUUUUUGGCACUUCAAUGGCCUGAAAUACAAAAAGAACUUAGUCAUUUGGAGUCGUAUCGUUUGGAUUAUGAUAAAUUAAGAAGUAAAGUGAAGCAUAAUGAACAUCCAGAUCCUGAAACUUUGACAAAAAUGGAAGAUGCUAAAACCGUUCUUUAUAAACAAUUAGAAAAAACUAGAACUAAACUACAACAGGUCAAGUCGGUAAAUGACUCUAAUAUGAUUGCACUAAAAGAAUUAGUAGCAGCUCAACGAACUUAUUUCAGUGAAUGCAGACAGAGGACUGAAGAAUUGUCUGCUCAAAUGGAACGAUUGAAGUAAACAUGUGUUUUUCGGGAAGAAAAAAAGAUUAAAAUAAAAUAAAUGCAAAACGCCAAUCUUGUGUCUUCCCCGUGCAACAGUCACUCUAUACAACUACUCUAUUGAAUCUCUAAUAAUAAAAAUGAUAUUUCAGGCUUUUUAAUCACAUAUUCUUGGUGUUUCUCAUCGAUUUAAAAUUGCUCGUUUUUUUCUUGGGAUCUUAACAUACUUUUGCCGUUCAGUGUAUAUUUAUAUUAAUGUCUAUAUUAUUUGCCUUAUAAAUUUCAAUAAUAUCAAUAAUUACAUUAUUGAAUUCAAUAAGGAAUUCGCUUAUUUCUUUUCACUAAAGCUCUAACCUCUUUUCGUUAACUGGCUACCAUGGGACUUCAUCUCCUGACCUUACUCCAGUGCCUUAUGGAUCAGACCUUUAAGUCGAAGGUUCUAGUUUUGGCCCCCUUAGAAAAUCAUAUGCUUUGGUUUGGGCACCCGGACAGUAUCCCAGCUCUCAUACAAAUCGAAUGACUUAUGUGGCGCUUAUCUAUUUGGUGCCUCCUUGUACCAAUGUUUAUGUGUUUGAAUAAAUAAAUCUAAAGCGAAUUUCAGCCCGAAUUCAGUCAAUUUUUAUAAUGAUUUCAAUUCAAACUUGUUUAAAUUCAGUGAAUAAUGUAUGAUAUUUUAUGCUACCAAAUGCCUUGGUACGACCGAGGGUGGGGGAGUCAACUCACACUCUCAGAAUGCUCCCACAUGGCUUCGCGUGUACAACCAGUACUAGAGAAGUCCUACUCACUACCUUCUCACGGCAUUACUACUUUUUACGAAAUUGAGAGGAGGAAAAUUGAAUGUCCGGUGCUUUAACCGGGUUGGCGAAUAUGGAGGAUCCACAUAGAAGAAUUGGAAAACCUUGAUUCCAAACCAUUGGUUCACAUGGGCUUCAGGAUCCUGAAGGAAUAAAGGGCGUAUGAACCAAUUAAUAGCCACAGGGUACGAUGGAACUGCAU